AUGUCUACCGCACCACCCCCCCCCCCCCGCACACCAACGCUCCGCACACAAAUCAACACAAAGGACCGAAUAUUAAAACACACACUCUUUGUCGUCCGCGCUCCGCAGCUUUGCAAUCGCACUAUACAAACCGAGAGCACCGCUUUCUUGUCCACACACGAAACACAACCUUCCGACAAAAUCCACCUUCACUGCCAUAAACCCAGUGCACAUUUCAACAUCCCACACCCAACCGUCCCGCAACCAACAAUGCACACACACGCACACACACACACACCCCCUUGCCCAGCAUGA